GGAUAAUGUAAAAUGGCUGCCGUAUUUUGACAAAGUUAUCAUCUCCUUCACCUUGUUUGGUCAUGGUUGUUUGUCAAUAUUUCUUAAAGGGCGAGUGCCGAUUUGGAGAUAGUUGCCGUAAUGAACAUACUGCAGAAAAACGGAAAACAGUUUGCCAGCAUUUUUUGAAUGGUUAUUGUCGGUUUGGUGACAAAUGCAGGAAUGAACAUCCUUCUGGAAGAGCAAAUACUGGAUUCGGUCAACAGAAUUCAGGAUUCAGUGGAAGAAGUGGGCAAUGGGGCAAAUCUUAUCCAUCUAACCAGAACCGCUUUGAUGUUUUGUCCAGAGAAACUCAGCAUUCUAAAGGUGUGGAGGAUGAUAUGACACCAUCUCAAAUUCAAAGAACCAUACAAACUGAAUUGGCGAUAUGGGAAAAGAGUAAACAAUGGCCAUUGUCUUGUUUCACUUACACAAAGGAAGAACCAUGCUUACCAGGUUUGCUGGACUUCUCUCCAGAAGAAAUUCGCCUUGAGGCAUACAAUGCAAAUGCUGAAGGGAAGGCUGAUAGCUAUCAACAAGGACUGAAAACUCUUAUCACUGCUAAUCAACAAAAGCGGCAGCAGUUAGGACGCAUGUCAGUCUCACAGAUUCAAGAAGAGAUAAAGAAGCAGCGCAGCCAUAAGGCAGCAGAGUCAAUGGAAGCAGGAUCAUCAAUGCUACAGACACAACCAGGGAUAGGUUUUAAUGGACAUAGUUCAUUUGGUCAGAUGAGUAGUUUUGCAACUAGUGGCCCUGUUUUUCAGUCGACUGGCUUCUCAUCUCCAGCAGCUACAUUGAACCAACCUAGUAACUUAUUCAGCACAAGUAAUUCUACCAAUCAAGUAAACCUGUUUGGACAGAGCAAUGUCCCAGCAAUGACUGGAAAUGUUUUUGGGAAUACUUUAAGUGCCAGCAAUCAGCAAACUGGAAUGACCAGUUUUCCUUUAACUGGCCAUUCCACGACUAUGUUUAGUACAAACUUAAGCCAAUCAGCCGCUUCAAAUACUGGCUUCUUUGGAGUAAAAACUGAAUCAAAACCUGGAGUGUUUGGUUCUGUACCUUCGCAGACAGUGACUGGGGUUUUUCCGAGUGAAUCCCAAGUACAGAAAGGCAAUGGAUCAAGCAGCUCAAUGAGAUCUACUCCAGAAGCCACCUCAUCAAUGGAACAGUCAACAACUGUACCUUUGAGUUGUAGUGAAGAAGAUAUGCAGGCCUUCAGGGCGGACAGUUUUGUGCUUGGAAAGAUACCUGAGUGUCCACCACCAUUAGAAUUAUGUUAACAGCUUUGAUCCUUGAAAGGCUGAGAUAUUCUUGGCAGCUAGUAUCUUGUAAAAUUUAGCUUGAAUUAUUCAUUUCUUCAUUUUCUAUUCCUGUCAAUCCGGCUUCACCUUCCUAAACCGUCGUUGUCCGCUUUUGGUUCGCUAGCAUCUCUUUGGUGUUUUUCUACCCGGACUUUAUUGUUAUGUUGGGUUGCAGUGACGGUAAAACUAGCUGCAGACCUCAACACCCUUUUACGAAAGGCACCAAGGACUCUCGGUCUGUCUUUUGUCAGUGAAGGAGGUAAGUUUCUAAGAAAACUGUGGUGCUGCGUC